GAACUAUCGAUCAUAGAAAGUCGAUGUAUCGAGCAGAUGAUUGUUUUUGCUAGAAAUUUGUGAGGUGUCAUAAUAAAUACGAUGCCUGCCACAACAGUGCAUAAAUUUAUAACAUUUAUUGGUAUAUUGUCGAUACUGCAUGCUGCUUAUUCGGCUGCACAACAUCGUUCUUACUUACGAAUAACGGAACAAGAGUUUACUACUUUACCAAUUGAUAUCUUAAUACAAGGUAUUGUCAGCUUAUUUAUGGUUAUGUACGGUAUUAUGUACAUUGCCGGCGAUUUCAAAGAAAUUCGAGCGGUAGUCGACUUGGAAAAUAAGUCUUGGGAAACUCUACGGAACCUUCCAUCAUUCCAGGUGUUUAACCAUCGUGGUAGAUACUUGUACUCGGAGUAUAUGUAAUAAACGUAUCUGUAUUAAAUUAAUUUGUACAAAAUGUAGCUUUAUUGCGGUUUACUAAAAAUCAUAACAAGAAUUCUAGAAAUAUUUUUUCACACUGUAACCACCACAUAUGCCAAACAAUAUUUUAUAGUUUUAACGAUGAAAAACAAUCAAGAUGCUGUAGAACACGGCUUCAAUUUCUUAUUCUGUAUUUAAAAAUAUACACGAAUGUAUACAUACUUUUUAUGGACACAGCUAUAAAAUAUAAAUAAAAAAAGAAUGUUGAUAUUUUUGUUCCAAUUUUUAGC